GAGUUCGCUCGGUCCCCCGCCGUGGGCCAGGGGGGCCUCCUGCGGAGUCCUCUUGGCUUCCAAGACCUCCGGCCGCAUCCACCUUUGCACGUCCUUUGAGGCGUGAUGUGUGGCGGGAUCUGCCGGUAGAAAUCCGCCAGUGACCUUCGCCGCCCACUCUGUGCGGUCAGCUCUACGGAGGAGACACGUUUUGGCGUCCUUUUAUUAUGUUUUACCCUGGACUGUGAUCGGUGGCUGGGCAAGGAAUGCAUUCGUUGUGCGCCUUUAAUGUCAAGGUCAGGCGCGUCUAACUGUGUGAACCCGAGGAGUGAUUGUUCAAGACCGUCCCUGCAAUGGUACAGCCGAGCUCAAAGCAAGAUGAGAAGACCCCCCUUGUUGUUCAAGAACACUCUCAAGUGUACCUUGCUUGUGUUUGGAGUGUGGAUCCUUUACCUCCUCAAGUUAAACUAUGUUACUGAAGAAUGUGACGUGAGAACCGUGCACUAUGUGGACCCCGACCGUGUCAAGAGAGCUCAGAGAUACGCCCAGCAAACCCUGCAUCGGGAAUGCCGCCCCAAGUUUGCCAAGACGUCCAUGGCACAGCUGUUUGGGCACCGGUACAGUGUGGACUUGCUGCCCUUUGUGAGGCCAACUGCCACCAUGAAUGAAGCCAAGUUCAAGUAUGGCCCUCCUUUUGGAUUUCAGAAGUUCUCAAGCAAAGUCCAGGCCCUCUUGGAAAUCCUGCCAGAGCACAACUUUCCCGAACACCUAGCAGCCAAGAGUUGUAAGCGCUGUGUGGUCAUCGGGAACGGCGGAAUACUGAAUGGGCUAGAACUGGGUCACGCCCUGAACCAGUUUGACGUUGUGAUAAGGUUAAACCAUGCACCAGUUCAGGGAUACUCAGAGCACGUUGGAAAUAAAACCACGAUAAGGAUGACUUACCCAGAGGGUGCUCCACUGUCUGACCUUGAGUAUUACUCCAAUGACUUGUUUGUUGCUGUUUUGUUUAAGAGCGUUGACUUCAACUGGCUGCAAGCAAUGAUAAAGAAUGAAACACUGCCAUUCUGGGUACGAUUGUUCUUUUGGAAGCAAGUGGCGGAAAAAAUCCCACUGCAUCCGAAGCACAUCAGGAUUCUGAACCCGCUGAUCAUCAAAGAGACUGCCUUUGACAUCCUUCAGUACUCAGAGCCUCGGUCAAUGUUCGGGGGCCCAGAGAAGAACGUCCCCACGAUUGGCGUCAUCGCUGUCAUCUUGGCCACACACCUGUGUGAUGAAGUCAGCUUGGCGGGUUUUGGAUAUGACCUCACUCAGCCCCGAACACCUCUGCACUACUUCGACAGCCAGUGCAUGGCGGCCAUGACCUUCCAGACCAUGCACAACGUGACCACGGAGACCAGGCUCCUCCUCCGGCUGGUUAAGGAGGGCGUGGUGCGGGACCUCAGCGGUGGCAUCUACUGUGAAUUCUGAACCCAGGAGACCUCGCAGGAAGUGCCGCUCUGGCGCCAAGGGCCCAGGGAAUGGCCUUCCCGGUGCAUUUCAUCCUAAGCACACCUGGACGAGCAGCUAGUGUCUCUAGCCGUUCAUUUUAAAAAGCUCAAUUUUUAAAAAGCGUUCGCUCUUCCCACGUUUUUUGUUUUGUUUCGUUUUUCUUUGUUUUGUUUCUAUUUAUUGGAGGUCAGUGUUUUUGCACAGUCGUUUUGUCAGUUGGCUUUGCAAGCUGAAUUGUGUGGGACAGAGUUUCUAAAGAGAAUUUCAUGGUCUGAUGUUUUAUCAUAUUUGAAGAAACGAAUUUAAUCUGUGACACACACACCCCCUCCCCGCCCCGUGUCCUGCACAUAGAACGGCGGGUCACUCAGUGGGAGGAGGGGAAAGGUGGCACCCUUGAUAACAGCCCAGGUCCCUGGCUCAGGUUCUCCAGGGAUCUGUGGGGAGUCAGGUGUUGGAGGCACUUGGAGGACAAGGUGAUCAAUAACAUGAAGACUGGGGCAGGUCUGGCAAAGCUGGUACGUGAGGCUAGGGCCACACAGAGAUGUUCCCUGUCCAGGGUGAUCUGGCACCUGCCCGGAGUUUUGCAGGAAUGACCCAGGGCAUCUGGUCAGAAGCUGCACAGAAGCAUCUGCCAUGGACUGCAGGAGCCCCAAGGUCGUCUCAGCCAGUAGAACAAGUCUUGAUGGGAGAGUUUUUUCCUGCCCUUCCAAAGCACUUGAGUGUUUAUCCUAAGGUAUUCCCCUGUUAAGAGGUGGCAUAUAAAAUUUAGGGUAAAAACUUCCACUAUCCAGUUGCAGGUCAAUAAAUCUUUUCCAAGAAUAAUCCUGUUUUUUGAAACACUGAGAGGAAAUCCUUUCACUCUUUAAAAUUGCCUGGUUUUGUUUUAAUUUUAAUUAAAAUUAAAUUUUAAUUAAAAUUUUUUUUUAAUUAAAUUUUUUAAUUAAAUUUUUUCUCCCUCUGAAUGCCUGCCUGGAAGUGUGUGUACCAGCCAGCGUACUGGUCAGAAAAAGAAUAAAGAUUUUGGGGGAAGCUCUCCCAGCCUCGUUAA